GCUCUGUCUGACGCAAUACUGAGGCGCCGGUUAGCGGUGAAAUCUCAGGUCAGCUCGGAGUGUUUUUGGAGGACAGGUAAUCAUGGCCCUGAGGGUGAUCCGGCUGAUCAUCCCGUCGGGAGCAGCUGCUGUUAAUUCGGUUAACAUUGCACAGAAGGCAGGUGUUCACACCAGCUCGGUGAGAAGCCUACGGUAUGGCUGGUUGGCCUAUGUUCUUGGUGAGCGGACGACGCCACGGUUAAAGCAGUACAGCAAAAUCAUCACCGUGGAUGGAAACUUGGCAUCAGGGAAAGGAUUGCUGGCCCAGAAACUGGCUGACCAUUUGGGGAUGCUCUACAUGCCUGAGUGCGACACUUUCUACAUGGACAAGAUGAGCGGAGAGAAGGUGCCACUUCCUGUCGACUACAACGGGAUGUGCAGCUUGGAGAGGUUCUACUCGGACCCCAAAGCCGCAGAUGGAAACAGCUACAGACUGCAGCUGUGGAUGUACACCAUGAGGCUGAUGCAGUACUCCGACGCUAUCGAACACCUGCUCACUACAGGCCAAGGAGUGGUCCUGGAGCGUUCUCCCUUCAGUGACAUGGUGUUCCUGGAGGCCAUGUUCAAACAGGGAUACAUCAGGAAGGAGUGUGUGGAGCACUACAAUGAGAUCAAAGGGAUCAGCAUCUGUGAGUUCCUGCCUCCUCACCUCGCCAUCUUUAUCGACCAGCCGGCUGAGGAGGUGCAGAAGAAGCUGAAACAGAGUGGCAAGAACGUGCCCCUGGCUUAUCUGAAGAGCAUUGAGGAGAGCUACAAGAAGUCUUUUCUGCCCCAAAUCCGUGAAACAUCAGAGGUGCUCACUUAUGAUGCAACCCAAGCCCAAGAUGUUGAAAGGGUGGCAGAGGACUUCGAGUAUUUGAAGUUUGAAAAGGGGCCGUGGCUGGAGCAGAACGAUGUUACCUACCACCACAUGAGAAUGCUUGUGGAAGACAAACAUUUGGUGGGAUGCCUGACCCAGAUACCCAGGUUCCUGCCGGAGAUCACCAUCGGGGCCCACGACUUUGAUGAAAAAUUCUAUGCCUAUAAAAUGAUCCGUGGGAAGAAGUAUGCCCCUGGUUAUAAUGCAGACGUGGGAGACAAAUACAUCUGGUUGAAGUGAAGCUCUCUAAUUGAACCCUCGUCAUUAUCCGAUCGACACUGAGUGGACCACUUGUCCAUUAUUGAUCCACUUCUCUCCUGUUGUACAUCCUAAAUAAUAUGUAUGUAUUAAAAGAAUAAAUUUUGAAUCUAAGAAC